CUCGAAUUAUACAGAGUGACAUCGAUCAAAGAUAACAUUCCGCAUCUACUUUGCACCGUUUUCUAUCUCUUCUCUGUGCCAGCUGGCAUCCCGUCCUCAUCCCUUUCGUGGUCCCGGCACUAGCCACGCGCCUCCUUCGCCUCCUCGCGCGCCUGUCCGACGCCUGGUCGGGAGAUCUCCUACGAUAGCUGCACUUUCCCCACAUGCUUUUCGCUUUUCUUCACGGCUGUUGAUAUCCGUGACGCCUAUUGAGCAUUCGAUCGCCGCCUCGAGAACCAUCUCGACGGUUUCCCAAUCCAAUCAUUCACUGUCGUCCAGAUCUCACCCGUGCAUGGUGUCAGAGCUGGGUCCCCGACGCUGAUAUCCGACCGCUGCCAUGGCGUCCAACAACCCUCCAGCGCGCCCCAGCUUACCCAUGUCAUACUCCCAGAGUAGCGUCGGCUCCGCCAACGGGAUGUCCUUCUCGCAGUCGCAGAUGGGCUCGUUCAACGCUUCUCAGUCGGUAGCUUCCACGCCCGGAGCCACGCCCCCUCCGCCCAAGAUGUCGCAACAGUCGGCCAUGUCGUUCACAUAUCCCAACGGUAUGCCGCAUGGCUCCCGGGGCAACAUGGGUGGGUUCGAGGAGGUGAAUGGGUAUGGGACGAUGAUCCCUUAUCCGGAUGAGUUUAGACCGCAAAUCUAUCGGGCUGUUUAUUCUAAUAUUCACGUCUACGAAAUGGAGGUCAAUGGUGUCGCUGUCAUGAAGCGUCGCUCCGACUCGUGGCUCAAUGCUACCCAGAUCCUUAAGGUGGCUGGUGUGGUCAAAGCCCGACGGACGAAGACGCUCGAGAAGGAGAUCGCCGCGGGUGAGCACGAAAAGGUGCAAGGCGGGUAUGGCAAAUAUCAGGGAACGUGGGUGCAGUACCAGAGGGGCGUGGACCUGUGUCGCGAGUAUCACGUCGAGGAACUGCUGCGGCCACUGCUGGAAUACGACAUGGGAUCCAACGGUACCGGUGGCUCUAUGCGCGAUCAUUUGGACACCCCCACGAAGGAACAAGCGAUGGCUGCGCAACGAAAGCGACUCUACAGCGGGAUGGAAAACAGAGGGAUGUCUCAACCCCAGCAAGGCACAUUCUUUCAGAACAUCUCUCGCACCGCGGCGACGGCUGUCAACGCCAUGAGCAAGGCACGGUUCGAUUCCCCUGCCGCGCGGGGCGCGGAUAGUCGGCGGUCGAGUGUCGUGCGCAAACCGUCGACCCAGAUGAACAGCCAAGAGUCCCAGAUGCCUUUUGGCAGCCAGCAAAGCAUGUACAGCAUGACCUCGGACAGCGGCUUCGGGAGCAAUUUCCAGGCCAACGGGCGGACUCCCCAUGAUCACAUUGGCUUCGAGCACGAGGACUCGAUCGAGCCUCCGCGAAAGCGCAUGAGGUCUUCGUCCCACCAAACUCCAUCGUUCGGGAUGCAGUACGAGCCUGCAUCGUUGUCGAUGAACGAGCCUACGCCGACAGAGCCCAACGACUCCUUCUACCAAGAUAUGGACGUGCCAACCUCUGUCGUGAUGGACGGGGACAAGACCGGCCACGAGCCUCUUGCGCCGGCGACCACUCCCGAGCGGUUCCAGAAAAUGAAGCUCAUCAUGACACUCUUUCUCGAUAAGCGGACCAAGGAUUAUACAACCCACCCUGCAUUGAUGCAGCUCACCGGCGAUGAUCUGGAAAUCCCACUCGACGAAUACCGGAACAACGCCUUGCAUUGGGCGGCGAUGCUGGCCCGCAUGCCCCUGGUCCAUGCCCUGGUCGCCAAGGGCGUCUCCAUCUUCCGCCUCAACGGGGCUGGCGAAACUGCGUUGCAAAAGUCGGUUGGAACGAGGAAUAAUCUCGAUUACCGGAGCUUCCCGCGCUUGCUACAGAUCCUGGCCCCGACGAUUGACAUGGUUGACUACAGUGGGCGAACGAUCCUCCACCACAUCGCGGUCAUGGCGGCCACGGGAGGGGGAGGGCACGUGUCGGCGAAGCAUUACUUGGAAGCUUUACUCGAGUUCAUCGUCCGCCACGGCGGCACUAACCAACGGACGCCCAACGGGACGCAGGAGAAUGGCCAGAGCGCUCCGCCGGCAGGCGAAGUCAUCACUCUGGGCCGGUUCGUCUCUGAGAUUGUCAAUCUCCGGGACGACCAAGGAGACACGGCGCUUAAUCUGGCCGGACGGGCACGGUCUGUCUUGGUGCCUCAACUCCUCGAAGUGGGUGCCGAUCCUCACAUUCCGAACCACACGGGACUGCGACCUGCGGAUUACGGGGUUGGCGUGGAUAUGGUGGAUGGGAAUGGGCAAUGCCAGCAGUCUGGCAAUCGAGACUCGUUCAUGGACCAGCUUGCCAAGACAAAGAAGGAGAUCCUAGAUGCAACAUUGGCUCAAAUAAGCUCGAUGGUCCAAGAUACGCUAGGCGGUAUCGACAGGGACCUUGCUACAAGUUUAACGAAGAAGCAAGAGAAAUUCAGCCACUGGCACGACAAAAUCCGCGAGACGGCCAAAGCACGACAGAUUGAGCAGCGCCAGCUCGACGGGCUCAAACGCCAGAGCUCAGACCGUAUCGAGCUCAGCCGACGACUCAAAAACCUCGAGCGGUCCUCCGAAGACCUACUCAUCAUCCUAAAAGGGAUUCACGGCGACACAUUCAACCCCUCAAAGACCAUCCCCGUCGGCGAAGCCGACAAAGACUCCGGCCUCGACGUAACCGAGUACGAAGCCAUCUUUCCCGAAUCAUUCGACCCAGCCGCAGGAUUCACCGAGCACCAAGCAGCCUUCCUAAACUCCCUCCCACCCCCCGAGACUCUCCAGCGAUACAUGCAAGGCUACACCAGCGUAAACGACAACAUCCUCACCGAAGUCGAGCGCCUCAAGUCCAAAAACGUCGUCCUCGGCCAAAACUACCGCCGCAUGGUCAUGGCCUGUACGGGUUGGUCCGCGGAGCAGGUCGACGACGCCGCCGAGGGGUUAACGCAGUGCGUUAAGGAAUUAAACGAUCACCCCGUUCCGGAAGACGAGGCGAUCGAGAUUCUGAUGCGAGAUCGCGGGCAAGAUUGGUGAUUGCUGAGCCUGAGUAUCCGUACAUAUGUUUUUAUAUCUUUGUUUCUUUCUUGCUUGUUUUGAUGUCACGACUAGCGAUGUUUUACUAUUCUAGGUACUGGUUGUUUUCUUUUUCUCUCUGGUUGUUUUUCUUUUUUAUGAUUUGUACAGGAGUAUGGAGAUUUCUGCUGUACUCUCCUACCACUACACCACAAUUGUGCAUGGGCUGCUAGCUACUAGUUUUGUGACGUGCAUACAGCUAC